AUGCCUGGCCCUUGGUUGCUGCUCGCCAUGGCUUUGACCCUGACCCUGACCGGUGUCCCCGGAGGCCGCACACAGGCCCAGGUGGUCCAGCAGGAGGCGGCGAUGGCUGCAGAGCACCCGGGCCUGGACGACUUCCUGCGCCAGGCAGAGCGUCUCCUCCUCCUUCGGGAAGACCUCCAGCGGCUGGGAGGGGUCCAGGGAAAUCGCGAAGAGUCCCAGAUCUUUCAGCCUGAUUGGCUCUCUAAGCGUCAGCAUCCAGGCAAAAGGGAGGAGGAGGCAGAAGAGGGAGUUGAAGAGGAGGAGGAAGAAGGAGGGGCUGUGGGGCCCCAUAAACGGCAGCACCCAGGCCGGCGGGAGGAUGCAGCUCUUUGGUCAGCUGAUGUGACCCAACAGAAGCGGCAGCACCCUGGCCGGCGCUCCUCCUGGCUGGGGUAUACUUUCACCAAGAGGCAGCACCCAGGCAAACGGCUGGUGGAUCCCGUUGCCCAAAGGAGCUGGGAAGAGGAGGAAGAAAAAGAGGAGGAGGAGGGAGAGCUGAUGCCUGAGAAACGCCAGCAUCCAGGGAAGAGAGCCUUGGGAGGCCCAUGUGGGUUCCAGGGAGCUUGUGGUCAAGCCAGCCUCCUGCUGGGGCUCCUGGAUGACCUGAGCAGGGGUCAGGGGCCUGAGGAGAAGCGGCAGCACCCAGGGCGGCGGGCAGCCUGGACCACGGAGCCCCUGGAGGAGUGA